UGAGGCAAGUACGGGCCGGUCAAGUGAGCAGGCGUCACCCUUCUACGGGGCGCGUUGAGCAUCUGGGCAAUCUCCGGCCGGCAACAAGUCUGGAGAAGGCAUGCGACCCACGACCCGAUUGAUAGCGACGCCCCUUUUCCCCAGUCAAGUCAAGCCAUGCCGGGAUCUUUUUUGAUCCCAUAGUCGUCGCAUAGGUCUUUGCUUUUCAAUUGCACCAUUUGUCCAUAGCAUUGACGUUGUUACUCUGUGCAAACAUAGCCCGGCAUACCUUCGCCGCUGCACUUUGGAAAUCAGAGUCGCAGGUUGCCGUCUCGCCCACACCCUUUCAUUUCCCUUCAUUUCGCUUUGCCAGCCGCUAUUCUCUCCAGGGACCGACUCUAUGACCAGGACCUGCCUGCGCCUCACAUGAUGAGAGAUGAGGCUGGAAACUCCGCUGGUCACGCCGCGGUGGAGACGUCCGAGGCCUCGAAUCAGUUGUCGCCGGUUCCCUCGAAUGCACACAGCAUCUCGUCGACCAAGGGCCCCGCAUCACGAUCGUGGCUCACCAAUGUCCGCCGACCACGCACUUCACCCGGACCUCGAGCUUUCUCCUUGAAGCGGACGCUACUGAACGAGGACGACGACCGCAGAGAUUCGGCCUUAGCACCCUCCAAUGGCACUACCACCAACGAACCGCCCUCACCUACUAGCCUGCGCAAGACGCCGAGUCUGCCUGCUAUUGUAGUGCAGGAUGAACGCUCCUCAGGUCCCAAGAGCCAUGCGUCACAACGACGUUGCUCACUAGACGAUGCCACACGCGAGCAAGAGGCCGAAUUCCCUGGCCUAGACACGUACAUUCCUACAGGCAGCUUCGACGACUUCUCUUCGGACGCGCAGAUAUCUUUCUCCAAGCGAGGCAGCAUGAUGUUGGGUGGCAAGAAGGUAAACAGGCGAAGCAAACAAAUGGACCUCCUUGUGGAAGCCGCGCCCGCACCAAGCACACCACCGCGACAGAAGGAGCAGGCGCAACCAAAUGAAUCACCCAAGCAGGACCCUUCACCCUCACCCACACCCGCGACGAAGCACCUCUCACCGCGAUCCACCUCACGUUACUCGACCCGCGCACGAUCAACGAACCACCGAGUACUAUCAGCCGAUGAGAUGACACUGUCGCGCAAAGUUCGCUGCAUGUACAUGCAUGGCAACGAGAGUGCUGUCAAUUGGGAUACACCCGAGGAGGAGACAAGCAGUGUUCAGAACAGCUACCUGGGGAGCAGCGCUGUUACCAACACCCCAGCUAAUGGUUCGUCGGUGCUCGUGGAAGGCAACGAGGACACAAGUUCACUCAUAAGCUCACGACACGGGAGUGUGAUAGUCAAAGAACCUACAGAGGCAGCCGGUGGACUCGAGGACUGGGCGGAUCUUGACGGUGGAGAGGUCGACCGAUACGGUUUCAUCAUACCUAAAAAGACAAAGUCGAAAUCCGACGCCGACGGCCCAGACGGACCCGACGUGCCCCGCAUGCAGCGAGUCACUACAACACUACAACUGCUGUCUGAAGAGCCUAGACGACGGCGUCUAGGGCGCAGCGCAUCGAGAGCUCGCUCUACUCGUUCUGUAGACCCACGCUCAGGCUCACCUAAGCGGCGGCUUUCUGGCAAAUCUUCAAGACCCGCCAGAUCGAUUUUCUCAGGUCGCACUUCAGAUACGCACAGCAGUCACAGGCCCCUGCGACACGCGACAAACAGGUUACCCCAUAAUCGAGACCGCAGGCUGAGGGACGAGGCGAGUGACAUGCUCAAGCUACCGCCCGGUCUAGCCGAGGUUGCGGAACAGCAAGAAGGAGGAAGGGCUGCACAGGCGAUGAGAGCAAAGGAAAUCGAGCGCAACGAAAAAUGGCGUAAGAUGGCCAAGGUUGUCAAAGCGGGGGCAGAUAAGGGGGGCAUGCUGUUUGAAUUCGAUACCAAAGACCCCAAGGUCAUCUCUCGCACAUGGAAGGGCAUACCUGAUCGCUGGAGGGCGACUGCGUGGUACUCAUUCCUUGCUGCGAGUGCCAAAGCCGACGCAAAUAGUCCAACAGAAGAGGAGCUCAUCGAAAGCUUUUACGAACUCCAGCUGGAGAGCUCUGCAGAGGACGUGCAGAUUGAUGUUGAUGUACCUCGCACUAUCAACAGGCAUAUCAUGUUUCGGCGGCGGUACCGUGGAGGCCAGCGACUUCUAUUCCGCGUACUGCAUGCGAUGUCACUGUACUUGCCUGAAACUGGCUAUGUCCAAGGCAUGGCUGCACUAACCGCAACGCUUCUUUGCUAUUACGAAGAGGACCGAGCUUUCGUCAUGCUAGUGCGGUUGUGGCAGCUUCGAGGCAUGGAAAGACUCUAUGAAGCUGGUUUUGAAGGACUCAUGGAGGCUCUAGAUGACUUUGAGCUGAACUGGCUGUGCGGAGGUGAUGUCGCAAAGAAGCUAAUUGAUCUUGGCAUUAGCUCGACCGCGUACGGUACCCGGUGGUACCUGACGCUGUUCAACUAUUCGUUACCUUUCCCCGCUCAGCUACGCGUCUGGGACGUGUUCAUGCUACUGGGCGACAAGUCUCAUUCCAACUCGCCGACGUCCAAGUUCAGUGGAGAUAUGGAUGUGUUACAUGCUACAUCGGCUGCGCUUAUUGAUGCGACGAGAGAGAUCUUGCUGGACUCAGACUUCGAGAACGCGAUGAAGGUGUUGACCUCUUGGAUCCCUAUUAAAGACGAAGAGCUGUUGAUGCGCGUGGCGAAGGCUGAAUACAAGAUGCGGAAGAAGCGAGCCAAUGCUUAAGGUAGGCUGGCGCUCCGGAAUCCUGGAACUUGACACCGACCUGGCGGAAGCGCGCGAUCUUGCAAGCGGGCGCGUUGCAAGUUGGAGCUUGGUACACCACCAAACACGGCAUCACAUCCAACCGAACAUCUCUUCUUCCAUACCAUUUCCAGCAGCCAACGGUCGAUCUUUUCCAGAUGGGUGGCUUGCGAUGGUG